GAUCAGAAGGUCAGAGAAGUAUCAAGCUUGCUGUAGCUACAAACUUUCAGACCCAGUUUGCUGCAGUGAUCAUGAUGUCUUUCAAGACUGCACUGGCUUUGCUUCUUCUAGCCAUGUUCAGCAUGGUUGCUGAAUCAUCAUGGGGCAACGAUAAAGGAAAUUCUUACAAUUAUGACCUUUCCAAAAUGUCUGAUCUGAGGAAACUAUACAACUCCAAAGUUUUCAAGGCAGAGAGAAUGACCAGGCCUUUGGAGGGCAUGUCUUUCCAAGUCGGCGUACUCAGUCACUCUGGAGUUAGAGUGACUAUAGAAGAUGGCACUAUAUGGCUGGUUCAUAAAGGAGAUGGCUAUGGCAUCUCAUCACAGACCGUUGUGGUGGCUGCCCGUCAUAUGAGCAGUAACUGGAAGAUUGUCGAGACUAAAAAUUUCGGUGGAAGCAAGACAGUGUCUGAUUUUGUGAAGGCUGGAGGAACUGACUACAAACUUUUGUUUGAUAACUGCCAUGAUGCCGCGAACCGGAUGAUGGGUGGUUAAAUUUACUGUAAAAAGACUACACUGAAGCAUAAAUGGUUUUCAUGUGAAGAGAACAUCAUACUUUUUUUUAAAUCAGUUAGCUUAUGUACUUUUUUAUUGAUUGUUUUUCAAAUGUAUAAUUGUGUAUAAAUGUGUGUUGAAUAUUAGUAAUCUUUUGGCUAUAUAAAAAUGAACGACUCAAUAAAAAUGGACUCGAUUUUAAAACUGGCCUGCAGAUGGCGACAGAGGUUCAUGUGUCAUUUUGCUUAUCCAGAAGUUAAUCAGAUUUUAGUGAUUAUCAAGAGAUUUCGGAUGCACAAUUUUUAUAAAUCGAGUCUGCAAAUGAUCGAUGACUUGGCGCCCCACAAAAAAAAAAAAAAAAAAAAAAGAUUUUAGUGAUUGUCGUAUGAAUAUUGCACAAAUACACAAUCGCUAUAUAAAUAAGCACCUAAUUAUAAAGUGCAAAAGACACCUCGAGGCAAUUGCUAUUGCUACAGUUUUUUUUUUUUUUGGUCCCACUUUAUAUUGAGUGUCCUUAACUACUAUGUAGCUUACUUGCAUCAAAAAUUAAAUACAGUGUACUUACUGUGUUCAUAAUAUUUUUGAGAACGCUUGUUGUGCUCUUGAGUUGGGAUAGGGGUAGGGUUAUGGACAGAUUUGGUGGUAUGGGUAGGUUUAACGGUGGGUUAAGGUGUAAGGGGUGGUCAACAGUGUAUUUACAAAUGUAGUUACAGAAUUUAUUUACAGAUGUAUUUACAUACAGGUAUUUAAUCAAGCAUAAGUACACAGUAAAUACAUGUAUUUACACAAUAAGUACAUUGUAACGAAUUAUUAAUUUAGGUGUAAGUACAUAGUUAAGGACACAAUAUUAAGUGGGACCUUUUUUUAUACCUCUCUCUCUUAUAUACAUGCAUGCCAUGUUUGUUCAAAGUAUGGUAUAACAAUAAAAGUAAUGUCAAAAUAAUUAUGGGUGUCUGUUGUAACAGUACAAACAUCAACCUCUUUGGCAAAUAUAUUAACUUACUCCCUCCACCCAACCUAGCUUUUCCAUGGGAGUUUAAAACAUAUGCAUCGCAUGUUUGUUUUGAUUAACCACGGUUGAGUUUAGCUUUAGGUAACAGGGAUGUAAAAAAUAGCUCUGGUAACAAAAUCUCAUCAGACACUCACAAGCUUGUGUUUGCUGUGAGCAUGAUGCACUAUACGACUGCACUGGCUUUGCUUCUCCUGGCCAUGAGGCCCAGUGUCUGAAUCCUCAUGGGGCAUAGUUACAGUAGCUACAUUUACAAAUCUGUCCGCUUCAUUUACAAGUACAUUGUUAUCACCAUCCAAGUAAAUAAAUCUAAUUAACCAACA